UUUGAUGAUGAUGGUGAUGGUGAUGGUGAUGAUGAUGUUAUGAAGGUUCACUAUGAUCAAUAUCAAUUCAAAGAGAAAAAUAAGAGUAUUGCUGAUGCUAUAAAGAGUAGAGACAGACAAGAGAGACAAGAUGGUAACCCCAAUUUUGAGGUUGUCAUGAGGGAUUCAUAUAUUAAUGGAGGAAGAUGCAUGGCCAUACCAUCUAAUUUUGCAAGGAAGUACAUGAAGGAAGGAGGGUACCUACUAAGAGUGGAGGAUGGGAGGGCAUGGAAAGUGAUGUUUAAGACUUGGAGUGGAGAUGGAGUCCCUUACAAGAAGUACAAAUUGCAAAAGGGUUGGGCCAAAUUUAGCCAAGGAAACAAGUUACAAAAGGAUGAUGUUUGUGUCUUUGAGCUUCUUUACAACAACAAUUCUAAUGGUAGCUCCACUACCAUACCAACCUUCAAUGUUCUAAUUCACCGGAACCACAUUGGUAGCAGCUAUUCACCAUGA